AUGGCGAGGGACUCACUCGGCUCACCCGUGGAGCUAAGGAGAUACACCGGGCUCAUGAUGGCGGCAGCCGUUGGUUCUGAGGAUGACUUCCGCUGCUCCAUCUGUUUAGAGCUGUUCAACAGCCCAGUCACCACUCCAUGUGGACACAACUUCUGCAAAACCUGCAUCAAAAUGAACUGGGAUGUGAACCCUCCAGUGUGUCCUCUGUGUAAGCACAAGUUCUCCUCCCGGCCCUGUCUCAAGACCAACACUCUGGUGGCAGAGAUGGUGGGUAAGAUCCGAAGCAUGCACCAGGCCCAGGCCGGACCAGAGGACGUGCCCUGUGAUGUGUGCCCUGAGCCAAAGCUCAAAGCUCUGAAGUCCUGCCUCGACUGUGUGGCCUCAUACUGUCAGAGCCACCUGGAGCCCCACCAGGUGGUGUCCGGGUUAAAAAAACACAAGCUGAUAGGACCUGUGCACGACCUGAAGGACAGAGUUUGCUCCAAACAUAGCCAGCCUAUAAAGAACUUCUGUCAAACUGACCAGAGCUAUAUCUGUAGUAUGUGUUCUCUUCUAGAGCACAAUAACCAUACCAUUGUUUCUCUGAAGGAUGUUUGUGAGAGGAAGAAGUCUUCUCUACAGCUUUCUCAGAAUAAGACCAAAGACUGGGUGGAAAAGAGGUGCAGGAAGAUCAAGGCGAUCCAGGACUGCGCAAAGCUGAGUCGUAGAGUUUAUGAGGAGGAGUUGGCUGCAGGUCAACAGGCCUUCACUGCUCUGAUAGAGACUGUUCAGAGCCGGCAGAAGCAGUUCAUGGAGAAGGUCCAUGAAAAACAGAAACAGGCCGAGAUGAACUGGAGAAGAGGAGCUCUGAGCUGGAGAAGCUCUUUAAGUUGUGAAGACCAUUUCUACUUUGUAAAGAACUGCACUGCACUGCCUCCUGUUGAAGUGAAGGACUGGAACAGUGUAAACUUUAAGCUGGAAACAUGUAAAAGUGAAACAGGCCAGGCUCUGUCUGAGUUGAAAGAGCAACUCAAUGCAAAAAUAAAUAGAAACAUAUUUAAGAGUGUGCAGAAAUUUGCAGUGGACAUCACCCUGGAUCCAAACACAGCUAAUGCUAACCUCACUCUGUCUGACGAUCUCAAACAGGUCCAUCACACAGACAAGAGGAAGAAUUACCCCGACACUGCACUGAGGUUCUCCAACUCUCCUGGAGUUCUCGGGAAGCAAGGUUUCUCUUCUGGAAAGUUUUACUUUGAGGUGGAGGUCAGAGGAAAAACUGAGUGGGACAUAGGUGUGGCGCUGGAGAGUGUGAGCCGGGAGAAUGUCACUCUGCAUCCUCUGAGCGGCUUCUGGACCGUCAGCCUGCGAGGGGGAAAGCUCUAUGCCUGUACCGGGGACCCACUGUUGCUCAAGUCUGCUCCAGACAAGUUGGGAGUGUUUGUGAACUAUGCCCAGGGUCUGAUCCACUUCUAUGAUGCACAUACUGCAGAUCUCAUUCACUCCUUCACCGGCUGUGUCUUCAUUCAAAAUCUGCUGCCUUUCUUUAGCCCCAGCAAUAACCACAGAGGCACAAACUCCGCCCCUCUGGUGCUCAGGCCGGUGAAGGAGCUGUGCAGCCCACUGAAGAAACACAAACAGUAGAGCAGACACUUGGCUACUGUUCAACAACCCAGAGGACGGCAGGGCAUACAGUUGUGUCUCUGGGCAAGGCAUUUUACGCACCUUGGCUAUGAAGUGGUGUAAGUGUGAAUGAUGAUUUUUGGGUGGUCAGAGGGUGCAGUGUUCUCAUUUUUGUUAGUGUACCCCAGGUCAGAUGUGGUGACAUGUUUAUUAGGUGUUGAAGGACUAAUAUUAAAAUCUAAAAGUCCAGACUUGUUGUUGCUGUAAUUAAGAAAAUCACUUUUGCCCCUUUGGUCACAAGAGCAGGUUUUUCAUCCUUUAUUUUAUAUUUAGAAUUACAAAAGUGAAAGACUGUGGGUUAGAUCGAAUUGAAAAUAAUAUAUCUGACAAAAUGUGUUGACAACUUCCGAGGCAUAACAUAGAAGAGUUUGGAUUUGUAAAAUUCUUUGUGAUGACGAUCUGUGUGUUUUUUUUUCUGUGUGCUGUUUGUUUUUUUAUCCCUAUAAAUUAAAAUUUGUCUUACCCCAAUACA